GAAUUUUAAAUGUAUACUUGUAUACAUCUUUGAGGUGGUUGGAAAACACUUUUCUACAAUUUAAAUAAUAUAUUAUAAAGGUUUGGUCUAUUGCUAACGAGUCGUGACGUACAUCUCUAUAAAAUCCUUCGACGUGUUUUCAAUAUCCCCUAAUCACAAUCCAAGGUACCGGCACUACCGUUUCUCCUGCCCAAAAGAACCAGCACUAAGAUUAAGAUGGCGUCAAAACUUAAAACCGAUUUGACGAAAGCUGCAUUGAACAACGACGUCACAGCUGUACAGAGACUACUGGACAGGGGAGAUGAUGUGAACGCUGAAGACAAUGGAUGGACGCCCCUGUUGGUUGCUGUAAAAAACGCCAACGUAGCUGUCGUCCGGCUUCUCUUGCAGGCUGGAGCAGACGUCAACUGGACUAACAGAAAAGGACAAAGCGCAUUGCUGUUUGCAGUGCACAACGUGGACCUUGAGGUUGUAGAGCUUCUCCUGCAGUGUCAAGCUGACGUAGACCAGGCGCAUGUCGGAGAUGGCACCACAGCACUUUACUUCGCUGCCAGAUCGGGUUCCGCCAGUCUUGUGCGCAUGCUCAUAAGGGCUGGCGCGAAUGUUAAUCUGGCAAACAGCGAAGGCGUCACUGCCUUGAUGAAAGCAUCGGAUCGAGGAUAUUACGACACUGUGCGUCUGCUACUUAAUGAAAAAGCUGAUGUCAAGCUCGUGAGCCGCCAAGGAUGGGACGCAUUAAUGUACGCUUCGUGCGAAGGUCAUGGGAAAAUUCUAGAACUUUUGCUGAAAAAUUGCGAUAGUAUCAACAAAGAGGCUCUAUUUAUAGCCUCCCAAAACGGUCGCACGGAAUGUGUGAAGCUGCUGCUGAAAUAUGGAUACGGUGUCAAUGUAGCUAACGAUGAAGGCAACACGGCCUUGAUGUAUGCAGCGUAUGCUGGCCAUGAAGCUAUAGCGGAAACUUUGUUGAAACAAAGGGACAUUAACGUAAACCAGCAGGAUGGUAACGGUUGGACGGCCUUACAUUAUGCAUCGAAGCAAGGCAAGGCAAACGUUGUUCAACAGCUGGUCAAGCGUAACGCUGACGUCAACCUUCACAGCACUAAGGGGGUGUCAGUUCUCAUGAUGGCGUCAUUGAGUAACGCGCCUGGCGCUCUCCAAACUCUGAAUCUGCUGCUUCAGUCUCACGCAGACGUCAACUAUGUUUCUCCGGACGGCUGGAGUGCAUUGGGUGCGGCGUCGUUCAGUGGGCGGCACCAGGCGGUCGAAUGUCUGCUGCAACACAGUGCCACGGACAUCUCCAGGUCUCUCAUGCUGGCAGUAGGUCAAGGUCACAACACAAUCGCGGACACUUUAAUCACAUCCGGUGCCAACGUCAACUUUACAGACGAAUCUGGCACAGACCCUCUGAUGGUCGCAGCCAGGGCCAACAAUGUGGCAGCCGUUCAGAAAUUAAUACAACUUGGUGCCGACGUCACUAAAGUCAACAUCGAAGGCCGCAAUGCAUUUAUGGAAGCAAAGCACUACGGGAGUUCAGAGGUCGCGACCUAUCUUGACCCAAACCACACAGCUCCUGUUGUUGCAGGAGGCAACAGGUACCAUAAUAACCAGGUGAUUAUCAAUCCAGUAUACAAUCUGUCUGUAGUUAUUCAGGCUCCACAUUUAAAAAAUUUGUCUGUGAAAGGCCCGGCUGUCAGCGUUGAAGCUGAGACUGUCGAAAACUUCGCACUAAACGGCUCGAUUCACGUCAAUGGAGGCGAUGAGGACAACGAUGAUUAAAAUAAAAAAUUCAUAUAAAAACGUUUUAAUAACAAGCUUUUAUGUAAUAAUGCACUAAAAAGUAGAAAAUAAAUUAUACACUACUAUUUAAAUAAAUAUAAAGAAAAGCGUGGGUCACUUUAGUACCUAUUGGAUACCUUUGCUAAUAUUUGGGAAGAG